AUGGCUAAUUAAGUCUGGUAAGACUUAAAAGAAAGAACUGAAUUUUGGGCAAAUAGUGAUAUUAUAUUAGAAAAGUCUUAAAACUAUCAGACAAAAUUGCUGACUUUAGUAAUAAUGGAAGAUACAAUAAAGUAAAAAUGGCUCAUUUUACCUGAAUAAUUAAAAGAAAGCAUUAAAAAUUAUAUGCUUAAUUAGAUUGUAUUAACUAGUUAGAAAGGUAAUUUAACCUAUUAAGAAACAUCUAUAUUACAUAAAUGUAAUUCAAUACUAAUUAAAAUUGUUAAGUUCGAAUUAAAUGGAAGCUGGAAGAAUUUUAUUUAGGAUAUAUGUGUUGCUUCUAAAUAAGAUCCUAAUCUUUGUGAAAACUCUCUGAAUUUAUUAAGAAUGUUAAGUGAAGAAAUAUUUGAUUAUUCAAAAAAUGAAAUAACAUCUUAAUAAAUAUAAUUAUUAAAAUAAACUAUGUAUGAUUAAUUUAAACACAUUUUCGAACUAUGUUAUUAUAUAGCUUCAAAUGCAGUUAGAAAUGCAAAUGUUUGUAAGCCUUCUCUUAUUAAAGCUUGUUUGGAAACGUUUUACGUUUAUUUAAGUUGGAUGCCUUUAUAUUUUAUAAUAGACACAGAUAUUGUGGACAUAUUUUUACUUUUUGUUGAACAAUAAGACUUUAAAGAUAUAUCAAUAAAAUGUUUAACUGAAAUAGUUUUAUUAAAAAUCGAAUAAGGUCAAAGUGCUCAAGACACAAUAAAAAUGAAGGAAAAAAUGUUAGACUUAUACUUUAAAUUUAUAAGAAAAGUUUCUGAAUAUAUAUUACCUUUUAAUAUAAGUUUAGCAUUUGAAAGAAAAAAAAUGAAAAAUAAUAAACAACAUUAAUAAGUAGCUGUAUUUGACAAUAUAUGUUAAUUUAUAGCUUUAUUUUUGACAGGUUUCUUUAAUACUCAUUUAUAAUGGAUCGAUGAAUAAACAUACGACCUAAACAAUGCCAUAAGAGAAAACAUACUCGAAAGUAUCCAUAGAGGCCUUUAAUAUUUAGUUAAUAUAAACGAAAUUGAAGAAGAUAAUAUAUUCAAAAUUUGUGUCGAAUUCUGGCAUAGUUUUACUACUUAAAUUUUCAAAAGAAAGCCUAUUCAAAAUAAUACGACAACUCCUUUAUUAUUAAUAGGAAUGUAGAAUUAAACUAACUUUACUUUAGAAAAAAAUGUUUAUCCUUUAAUUCUUACAUAGGUUAGGACUAUUAUUGUUUCCAGAAUGGCUAAACCGUAAGAAGUGUUAAUUGUUAUUGAUGAAAAUGGAAAUCCAUGUAAAGAAGAAUUAUAAGAUACUGAAAAUAAUUCUCUAUAUGAACUUUUAAAAGAGCUUUUAAUUAAUUUAGCUAAAUUAGAUUGGUAAGAUAUGAAUAGAAUACUUUCUUAAAAACUUGAUAGAUAAAUUGAUGGAUCAGAAUGGAGCUUUGAUAAUUUAAAUAGCCUUUGUUGGGCUAUAGGUUCUAUAAGUGGAUCAAUAAGGGAAGAUGAGGAGAGAUCCUUUUUAAUUUCUGUAAUAAAGGGUUUAUUGAAUUUAACAGAAUUAAAAAAAGGAAAAGAAAAUAAAGCUGUAGUAGCUUCUAAUAUAAUGUAUGUAGUAAGCUAAUAUCCAAACUUUUUAAGAAAUAACUGGUCAUUCUUAAAAACUGUAGUAAAAAAGCUUUUUGAAUUUAUGGCAGAAACAUUUCCUGGAGUUAUGGAAAUGGCGGUUAAUACAUUUUUGACUGUUUCUUAAAAAUGUGCUGAAUAAUUUGUAAAAAUCUAACAUGAAAAAUCCAUGAAACUAAACCAAAUUAAAUAAUAAGAAUAAGAGCCUUAUAUUGUAAAUUUAAUUAGGACUAUAGAUGAUAAAAUCGCACUUUUAGAACCUUAAUUUCGUCUUACUUUUUUCGAGGCAGUUGGGAAUAUGAUAAAUGCAGAAAAAGAUGUGCAAUAAAUAGUAGUUUAUUUAAAUAAUACAUUAAGUACUUACAUGUUUUAAUGGAAUGAAAUAAUUAUGAAUGCAUAAACAAAUACCUAAAUACUAGAACAAGAAGAAGUCAUUUAAAACAUAGUCCAAUUUUUAAAAAUAAACGAAAGAUUAUGUUAUACUGUAGGAUAUAAUUAUAUAUUUGUUUUAGGAUAAAUAAACUAAGGAAUGAAUAAUAUUUAUUAAUUCUAUAGUCAAAACAUAAACAAAUAAGUCAUUUAAAUUGGAAAACACGUAAUGAACUACCAUACAGUAAAGAAAUAAAGGGCAAUAAGAAAAGAAAUACUAAAACUCUAUAUUUGCUUUUUCAAAAGCUGCAAAAGUGACGUAACUAAUUUCUAACCAGAAAACAUAACAAUUAGUAUAAUAAAUCCUUUACAAUAAUUACUUAGUGACUAUAUAAGUUGUUAGUAAGAAUGUAAAGAAGCUGAAGUACUUAGUUUAUAUCAAAUUAUAUUCGAAAAUCUAGCAUAGUAUAUUUAACCGAUUAUUCAAGAAAUUUUAAAUGGAAUCUUUAUGUCCACUCUAUCAAUGAUUACUUAAGAUUUUAACUCUUUCCCUGACCAUAGAAUUUCUUUCUUUAGAUUACUUAAGGCUGUCGUUUAGAAUGCUAUUGAAGCUCUUUUUAAUAUCCCUACUGAUUAAUUUAGAACUAUGAUUGAUUGUGUAGUUUGGGCUUUUAAACAUCAUUUGCCUGAAAUUUCUGAUAUAGGAUUAGAUGUUUUAGUUUACAUUAUGAAAUAAAUUAAUACUAAUUAAAUGAUUGCUAAUUAAUUUUACUAAAUUUAUUAUAUUAAUAUAUUGAAAGAUGUUUUAGAAGUUUUAACUGAUGGAUAUCAUAAAAGUGGCUUUAAAUAAUAAACAUAAAUACUAUAAAUGUUAAUUUUAAUAAUAAAUAAUAAUUUU